UUAUUGUGAUUACUAGUUAGUCUGUGGUUGUACACAAACACAACAGAAAUGUAUUUAUUUUUCCUUUGAGUUUUAUAGAAUAUGUUGUUUAUAGUGAUUUUUAUUUACAUGAAUUUAUUGUUGUAUUACUCUGAUUAGAAUAAGUGCUUUGUUGUAUUCCAUUUUAAGGUGUACCAAGCAAAAUGGAAAUUGUGGAAAGUCCUAUCACCAAUAUGAAUCCUUUUAGUGAUUCUGGUCAAAUUCUGCAAGAUGAAAAGAGUUCUAAGAUCCAGAAGGUGAAGAUUGAAGAUUUGGAUAUUGUAGAACAAUACAUCGAUGUUAACAAUGUUUAUGAAAAAGAAGCUUUCAUAGAGAAAUUCGAGGGUAAUGCCAAUCUCAAUAGCUCAUCUGAAGAGAUAUUCUUCCAUAUGGAAGAUAGAAAAAGCUGUGAUAAUAGAUUAAAAAAGGUUAUUAAUAAUCAAAUUGUUGAUCUGAACUGUUGCGUGGUUCUGGAGAAAUUAUCGAUGGUACAAAUGGAAAUGAAAAACGAAGAAGAAAUAGAUGACAUUAAUUCUACCAACGCAAGUAUUGAAAGUUUUCAGGAUAUAAAAAUUGAGAAUAACACUAGCCCUGAAGGAACUUCAGUUGAAAGGACCACUGCUUCAAGCCAACAAAAAAAAAUAAAAGGAAACUACUGUCUUUAUUGCAAAACAAUGGUCAAAAGUUUUGCAAGGCACGUUUUGCGAAAUCACAAUUCAGAAGCGGAAAUACAAACGAUAUGCACAUAUCCUGUUCACAGUUCAGGAAGAAAACAACUAUUUAAUAAAUUGAGGAAACGGGGAAACUUUAUGUACAGUAAAAUCACUCGUGAACCGCUCAAAAAAUAUUGUCGAGGCAAAGUUUUACCUUGCGAUAAUUGUUUAGGAUUUUACUCCGCUAAUCUACUUUAUAGGCAUCGGAAUAAGUGCACUGGGAAGAAUGAUGGUCUGCAUAUGGUGAGCGCCCAAAAUUUGAUGGUCGCAGAAUCGAAAAUCGAUCCGCUACUGAUGAAAACCGUAUUCACAUCGAUGAGACCCGACGAAAUCUCCAUGAUAGCCAAACAAGACACUCUAAUCUGCGCGUUCGGAGCUGAGUACAUCAAGAUCCAUCGGAGUAAGAACUUUAUCAAUAUAGCAUCACGAAAAAUGAGAGAACUGGCCCGACUCCUUAUCGAGAUGAAAAAUCGGGAUCCCACCAUAAAAUCAUUGAUGGACGCUUUGAAAACGAAAAAUUUUGAUUUGCUGGUGGAUGCAAUCAAGUCAGCAGGAAAAUACAACACAGAGACUGAUACCUAUAAAUCACCGACUUAUGUCUACAGUUUGGGGACUACGUUGAAACAGUGCAUCGUAUUGGCCCUUAAGGGAAAACAUUCGUCGGAAAAGGAAAUUUCUGCCGAAGUCCGAAGGGAUCUAAUGCAACUAAUCGAAAUGAUUUGCGUCCAAUGGAAACGCAAGGUGUUGAGCCAGGUGACUGAAGACUUGAACGUAACGAACUUUGACAACGUGAGCCUCAUUUCGUUAGCAAGCGAUUUGAGAUUGUUGAAAGAUUGUUUAACCAGUCAGGCUCGAAUAUCGAUAGAUGCAAUUAACGAACAAACAUGUAAUAAAGACCACUACCAGAACUUGAUGGAAACGGCGUUCUGUCAGGUGUUGAUGUUAAAUAGAAGACGACCGGAGGGGCUACUCAUGCUUUCCCUGCAGGAAUACGAAAGUUGCAGUCAAACGAAGCAGAACGAGGAAUUCGUCGAGAUGGUUUCUCCGUCGGAGAAGAUAUUGUGGUCUAAAUUUAAGAGGGUGUUAGUGGAGAAUGAACAAGGACAACGCGUCCCCAUUUUAUUUAGCAACGAGGUGAAGGAACACAUCAAGUUGUUAACAGAACUCCGGAAGGAUUUCGUUCAGCGAAACAACAAGUACCUCUUCGCUAAUUUAGAUUCCCCUCAGUCUCUCUACAGUUUUAAAGUGUUGAGAAAAUAUGCUCGUAUGUGCGGGGCUAGCAACCCGGAAUCCUUAAUUUCAACAAAAUUUCGAGACCAUUUGGCAACCUUAACUCAAGUUUUCAGUGUACCCGAUGACGAUCUGGAGCAACUACUCACUUUUAUGGGUCACGACGCAAAUAUCAGUAGGGGAGCUUUUCGACUCUCUUACGACGUUUACCAAAGGUCGAAAAUCGCCAAAUUGCUGUUGUCCAUGGAGGAUACUCCGCCAGCUGUAUUUGACGAUAAGACUUGUGAAGUAGUCUUCAACACUGAGGAAAAUAUUUCGACAAAAAUGCCAGAGGUGGUCGAUGUCAAACCUGUCCGUCCGGAAACACCGAAAAAAACGUCUUCACCAAGAACUGUCGAUCAAAUGAAGAAGCCAAGAGUAUUGAUAACUUGGACGCAAGAACAGAAAGGAAUCGUGUUGAAGUAUUUCGCCGAGCAUAUCAACAAGAAGAGGCCUCCGAAGAGAUGGGAGUGUAUGGCGUUGAAGCAAUGCUAUCCGGUACUGGAAAAUAAGAAUUGGGAGAAGAUCAAAGUGUUUGUUCAGAAUGUGUAUACUCGUAAAAUAAAAAAUUUAUAGAAAGGUGAAAGAAUUGCAUAUGGAUCUCAACUUCAUCAGAAUAAUCAAUUAAAAAAUUCAAGUGAGCUUAUAACCUGGACAUUUAGUUUUUAUUAAUUAAGAAAAAAAAUCAUUGUCAUCGACCAAAGAUCAAACAGAAAUAUACAUCAAGCCAAUUCACUAUCCUAUGACUGAGGGAAAUCUUCUUGUUUCUACCUGGUUAGUGAUUGGUCUGUCAUGAAUUCAGAUUCACUGAAAUUAUUAAAUUUGAAAUAUUGAAAAAAUAUAUUUCCUCAAAUUGUGAAAUCUCGAAGAAUUGGAAUCUGCUAAGUCAUUUCAUCAUUUCAGAGUAGCGGAAUCAAGUAAAAUAUAUGGAAUGGAAAAGGAAGAAAUUUCGUGAUGGUUUGGUUUCAUUAAUGGAAGAAACAUUAAUAGAUAAUAUGACUACAUUUCCAACUUGAAAAACUAUCAAAAUAGGAUAAAAAAGUGCUGAAGACUGCCUAGAGAGAACCUAGACUGUGGUGAGAACAAUUUCCACCGAAGUUCCUUUUUUGUUCCACCCUGUGUUCAUUUCUAUUGUAUGAAUAAACUGAUAUAAUAUUUUUGACAACAUUUUGGAGUAAUAC